GUACUUCGUACUUAACAGAUAUAGUAUGGUGGUCUGGCACUAUUGCAAUGGCUCUGGGUCAAAUAGGGAAUUUUUUGGCCUACACUGCAGUCCCAACUGUGCUGGUGACACCCUUGGGAGCUCUUGGCGUUCCAUUUGGGUCCAUUUUAGCUUCUUACUUGCUGAAAGAAAAACUGAACAUUCUUGGCAAGCUGGGAUGUUUGCUGAGCUGCGCUGGGUCUGUCGUUCUCAUCAUCCAUUCCCCAAAGUCCGAGAGUGUAACGACUCAGGCUGAGCUUGAAGAGAAGCUUACAAAUCCAGUUUUCGUGGGUUAUCUCUGCAUAGUGCUGCUAAUGCUUCUCCUGCUUAUCUUCUGGAUAGCUCCAGCUCAUGGACCUACUAAUAUUAUGGUUUACAUCAGUAUUUGCUCUCUGUUGGGCAGUUUCACUGUUCCCAGCACAAAAGGCAUUGGGCUGGCGGCUCAAGAUAUCUUUCACAAUAAUCCCUCGAGUCAAAGGGCUCUGUACCUCUGUCUGGUACUUCUGGCAGUAUUAGGAUGUAGCAUUAUCAUUCAGUUCAGAUACAUCAAUAAGGCACUGGAAUGUUUUGACUCCUCUGUGUUUGGUGCCAUCUACUACGUUGUGUUUACCACCCUAGUCCUGCUGGCUUCAGCCAUCCUUUUCAGGGAAUGGAGUAAUGUAGGAGUGGUAGAUUUCUUGGGAAUGGCUUGUGGAUUUACCACGGUAUCUAUUGGAAUUGUUCUUAUACAAGUCUUCAAGGAAUUCAACUUCAAUAUCGGGGAUUUAAAUAAACCUAACAUGAAGACAGAUUAA